CUUCUACCGGAAGCGCGGUGACGCUGGCGCGGUUGUUGAAAACAAACUAGGGGCAGUUGUUGACAUUUCGCAUACAGAUAGCCAGAUGUCAGACACAGAGACGGCUGAAUAACUUCUAGCACGCGGUCUUUGAACGCCAAGCCUCGACACGUCAUCAAGCUGAACAUGGAGUUAUCUCCGCUUAUAAAGAAAAUCGGUCACUCUUUAGUGGAAAUUAGGGUGCGAGCGUUGAAGAGCAUCUUAAGUAAGCUGGACCAUUCCCUCAUCACGGUGGCCGACAUUGUCCAAGAAAAGAUGCUGUUUGUGUAUCUGCUUGAGUGGUUCAAUUUCCCGGAGGCGCCAAUGAAGGAGGAAGUCCUUGGGCUGCUUUUAACUUUAGCAAAGCAUCCUAGCUCAGCCCAGAUGCUGAGGGACGUCGGGGCGGUGGACUUUCUCUCUCAGCUUUCUCCGACAGUCGAGCCCAGACUGCGAGCUGUCAUCGAUGGAACCCUGGACCAGCUGUUCCAGCUUCCUGAGCUGCUCCCCAGUCGCUCAGCUGUCGACUCUCAUGGACCGUGCAGCACAAUCACAACAGCCCCACCAGUUGUUUCAAUCGACGAUCAAGUGCCCAAAAUGGGUUAUUUCCACAAGAGUAUGCAUUACAGCACAAAUGUACCUCCUCAGAAGAUAGCAGUACGUGAGUCUGUGAGAUGUCUGAAAUUUUCGGUUUUUCCGUGGCUGACUUUGACCAACACCGACCGACACAUACUUUCUUCCAAUGAGAGCUCUCUGGGGAGCAGCGAUCCUAUGAUGGUGAGGACAACCUGUGAGCUUCUGUGUGACGUCAUUAUGCAGGACUUUCCAGCAGAGAUCUUCCUGCAAAGGCCUGGCAUUGUUAAGAACCUUUUGUUACUGCUCAGACUGGGUUCAGGUAAAGGUGAGGUCAGCUACCUUCAGUCAUCCGCUCUGUCCUGCCUGCGGCAGCUUUGCGUGGGCCUAAAGAGGAGGCUGCGCUUUCAUCAAGAUCCUGGCUUCUACUCAGCAAAGCAGGAUCUGGUGUCGCAGAACUCGUCGUUCUCUUACACGCAGGAGGUUCGGCGGAACCAGCGUUCGCAGGCCUCUUCCCCUGCAGAUGAGUGCUCUCCUCGACCCUCUGCGGUGGGUCGUACAGGCCAGAGGGCCAGGGGGGAUGGUCAGGACUUAGAUGCUGCCUCUAACAGCUCGCACAGAGGUGGGGCAACGAUCCAGGCCCCCGAGCAGACGCCCCGUUCCCCUGCAGAUGCUGCUCACCUGGAGCUUCCGGACCUGAGCAUGGAAGAUGUGCUGGAGCUUCAGUUACAGCAGCUCAGCGUGGCCCAGUUCGCUGUUGCCACCAUACAGCAUGCCAUACCACUGCUGAAGACAGAAGGUUUGCAUGCGUUCCACCGUGUUCUGGAGCUGUUGUGUGAUGCUCUCCUCCUGCUCAGGGACAGCGUUUGCGAGCUGGUCUGGGACGAUCGCAGCCUGGUGGGGAUGGAGCUGAAGGAGAAGCUGCAAGCCUGCAUGGAUCAACUGGGGGAUAUGCUCAAUUUUCACCAGAAACCUUCAGCUGACGUACCUCAUAGUUCUCAGGUUUACCACAGAAUGGCCUAUAUAGGGACCGCAAUAUUUACAAUUAGACUCCUACAGGCCAUCCUCCCUCCAGAGAAGGCUAGUGAAAAUCUCCCUGAAAACACAGCAGAGGCCAUUUUCCACUUGUGCUUGGACUCGUCACUGGGAAGUCUGUUACCCAGCAUGCAGGAGACGGCUGUGGCCUACUUGGAGCAGGUGAACUCAGACAGCCACGACCUCUACAGGAGGGUCAACAGAGCUGCACUUUGGAUGGAAUCAGCUUGCAACUUCGUAAAGGAGGCGCGAGCUGAAGGGGAAAAGAACUGGUUGGACCUACUGGAACUUGCAGACCAAGCCAUAAAUGGUCUUCCAUUUCAUCAGCACCUCCCCAUCAUCAAGGAAUGUGUUCACAUGUGCUCUUACUUGUGGAGGUUUGAUCAGCCCAGCCCCCUCCUCCAGACCGAGAGCCAGAAACUCUUCCUCAAGCUGCUGUCGCAUCCCUCACCGCCUGUCAAAACGGAAACAUACGAGUGUACUUUAAACCUGGUCAAGGACUGCGUUGGCAUCCAGAAUCUGUCGAGACAGGAAGCAGCAGCAUGCGCGGGUGUUAACUUCCUCCUCCACCACAGGGUCCUCUAUGAACUGAGUGCUUUUGGACUGCAGGACUCUGCAGAGAGGGUGAACGUUGCUGCCAAGGAUAUCCUGCUAUUCCUCCUCAAGGGACGAUUAAUGAUGACAGCAGCAGCCUGGGACAGAUUCAAUGAGGCACUUUACCCGGUCAUACCCAUAUUACAGGGCUAUGCCAGCACCGAGGAGUCACUCGGAAAGUGUGUCCUGCUGAUAAGUGACAUGUCGGAUGUGACAAGAGACAACGUUUUCCCCACUACAGGCAAGCUGAAAGCAGCGCUCCGACUCUUCUUCUCUAAACAGCCCACUGUCAGAAUGGCUGCAGUGCAACACAUCCUGCCCCACCUAACCGGCGGUGCUGAUGCAAACCCCACCAGACUAGACCCAGAUCAGUCGGUGGUCGCUUCCCUUCCCAACCUCUUCUGCCUCAGAAACCCAGUGGACAUCACACUGGACACCAGCAACAAGUCCAUCCUAAAGGUGGAGUCAGUGGAGAAACUGUUUUGCAUCCUGAGCUCAGACACUGUAGACAUCUCUCUCAGAAGGUCGGCAGCCGAGCAGCUUUCUGUCGUGCUGCAAGACACGACAAUGCACCCGGUGCUGAAGAGUCUUGGCAUCACAGAGAAAGUUAUUUCUUUCAUCACAGACGGCGUAAAUGGCAACAAGGGCUUUCAUUGUCUCCUGGAGCCGUGCGCGUGCAUCUUGAGAAAGCUGGUGUACGCCGAUCCGUCUCUGAGGCGCAGCCUGGCGCAGCACAAGCUCCUGCUCCUCACACUGCUCAGGGCUUCGUUGGUACUGAAGGAAAUCAAAGGCAGUGGAAAUGAGAUGGCCGUCCUCAUGUGUCUGCUGCUUUUCGAUGAGAUCGCCUGCCUCGAAACAUGGUCAGAUAAAUCCACCACAGAUGUGACCCUGUCACCAUUUUCUCUACCAGUAGCAGCAGUACGGAGGUUCAACAUCCCCUUCCAGGCAGCGACUCAUCACGCCGUCAGCCCCUACUGCUGCGUUCUGGCCCCUUCCUCUGACCUUCUGACCCUGAGCCCCGCCCGCCAAGCCUUGCAGGUGGCCUGGAAUGCUGCCUGGCAUUCUGGGAUCGAUAAUCUCCUGGAGAAAAUGCACCCCGUUCCUGCCGACGCGGAUCAAUUUCACCCUGACUUGAAGCUAUCGGAGUCACAGCUCUCGUCGCUUCGGGCAGCGCGCCUUCCAGCUGCGCUGCGGGAUUGCAUCAACGCCAUCGUGACUGCAGCGGGGCACAAGUCUGUGGCCUCUGCCCUGUCGAGGCUCAACCUUUACUUGUUGUUUAACAGACUGGCUUUCCCUCACAUUCCCACCCACAGCUGCAGAGUCAUCCUUCAGUCCCUCAACUGGCAGGCAGUGUUGACCAGGUUCCUCCAGGUGCGCCCAGCCUGUGUCGAGGAUGAAAGGUUGCUGGUGGGAAUUGUGACAUUUUUGAAUGCCUACUUCAAACAAAUUCCCACCGAGUGCGCUUCUGACCAGGAGGACGGGGACCUACGCUGGAUACUGGAGCUGCUUCUCAACCAGGAGACUGCUGCUCUUCUUCAUUUGCUUCUUGGUGUGGAGACGCAGAGCUGGACUCGGAGUUCAGAGGAACCUGAGGAGAUCAAGAACCACAUCAGCCAGAGGCUGCAGAGAGAACUCAUCAACCUGUUUAACACCUUACUGGUCCGACUGUCAAACACCACCGACAAGCUAUGUUUGGCACUAGCAGGUCCCUUUAAGAGCCAGCUGGCACUGCGCUUGCUUCAGAGCCUGCGCUUGUCUGAUGCCCCGCGUUUCUAUGGCCUUCCCAGCCUGGAGAGGGCACUGCAGGGCAUGGUCAGCCUGACUGCCCAGCCUGGCUGGAGCUCCCACUGUCCUGACCUGGAGCCCAACUCCCUCUGCUCCAAGUAUCUCAGUGGGUUGUUAGAGGUGAUCUCUUCAUUUUAUGUUGAGUGGAGAGGAAACUCCUUCUCUUUCAUGGGGAAGGGUGUGACCAAGAAUGCCAUUAUUUGCUUGCUUCACCUGUCCCAUGAGAUGAUGACAGUAAACAAGGACAAGGACUUCAUUACCCAGUGGUCAUUUGGGAACGACGGAACCACAGAGGAAGCUAGUGGCUCCCAGCUGGGCUUGGCUUGGCUUAUCCCGCUUUGGGUGGACCGAGAUCAAGAGGUGAGGUUUGCCAGCCUGAGUUUGGGCGCUGCUCUCUCCUCCGUGCCCAGUGGCUGCCAGACUCUGUGCGCCAGCUGUCAGAACAUCAGCGGAGGCCUGUGGGGCACGCUGCUCAACAUCCUCUUGGAUCAACAGGAGAGCAGCAUGGUUCGCAGAGAGGCCGCGUUUAUCUUGCAGAACUUGCUGGCGAUGCCUAUGCCCGCCAACGCAGAGGAGGCCAAGGACUCCCACUGGCAGCACCCGUGUGUCCAUGACGAGGUAUCCGGCGUGUCUUUGGUGGGUCUUCCAGCGCUGCAGGCUCUGCUGUACCACUGUCAGUAUUUCCACAACGUGGCUCUCUCUGCCUCAACUUGCUACCGGGGCAGGUACGCUUUCGACCCGCAGCCGCGGCCUUGUGAGAGCGGUAAUCCCAGUGCUCAGGAAGGCUCUUUUGCUGGUUCAGACAAUUCCCUGCUGCUUUGGAGAUGUGACCCAGCACCUAGUAUCACCUCUGGAAGGAGUUCCAGCUCCCUUUCCACUUCAAGCACUGCAGUCAGCAACGCUCCAAGUAAAUGCUCAAGGGUGAACUCUCCUAAAGUCUCGUCCCCAGUGAAUGUCCCAGAUGAUACUCCUGCCAGACUGAUGGCUCAGGGUCAGAGUGAUGGAGACACAAGCAACUCGACUACCUCGCAGGACUCCCAACAAGACGAGCCCUCAGGCAUGGAAGCUGUUGUCAUGGUGACCCCUGACCUCCUGACGGCCCAGUGCGGCCUGCUGAUCAACCUGCUGGCCGUACUGCCAGGCUUCACCCUAGCUGCCAUCCAACAUAACCAGCUACUGCAGGUUCUGAGCAGUUUAGUUGACAUCGAGCUGAUGGAGAAAUGUCUGACCGAGCUGCGGACACCCAGCAUCCUCCCUGGAAUCAGAGAAGACGUCAAGCGUCAGUUUGUCACAGCACUUCGUUUCCUGUCGAGCUUUUCCAAACUACUGCGGUCUUGUGUCGUGGCGUGCAAGGAGCUGAUUGGCCAGAUGGACUUCCUGAAGCGGCUUUCAUCCAAUCUAGUGGCUGCGCUCACGCUGGAUACGAAACUACUAGACGCAGGUACGUGGGAUGUGGUCCGCGUGUGCUGGACAGACGUGUUUAUGCUUCUGGCUACUCUGGUGAGGAGAGGCGGCUCGGCAGCCCACCCAUCCGUCUCCGCCGUGCUGGGCAGGCGCUGGCGGACAUUCGCGGGAACAUUAUCACAGUGUCUGAAUGAGAAAGCUGCAGAUUCCCUGCUCCACACGGCGGCUCUGCAGUUCCUCUCCACAGUUUUCACAGAGGAGACAAAGUUAUGCGGCAGAGAACUCGAAAGCGCGACAUCCGAGCACAGCGGCGCUUUGUCAGAUAUCUUAAACGGUCCCUCUGCCAGUGAGCUCUGUGAGAUGUUAUUGCAGAGCUUUGAAAAGAGGACCCUUCAGGACCCUUUGAAGAAGCUCACGGCUAGAGCUCUGAUGACGCUCCUGGCCUGCAGUCCCGUGGCUCAAAGCUACGCAGCCAGAGCUGGUUUAAUUGACAGCUGUGUGGAGCAGCUGAAGCAGACUCAUUCCCACCUCAACCUGGAGUCCAUCCGACCCGGCAAGGCCUCGCACCGCAGAAAGGGAGUGGGCCAUUUAAAAGAAGUCAAGCUGACUGCCGAGAUACUGCGGAGCGCUCUUUAUUGCAACGAUGAAUGCAAAGUGGUCGCUGUGGAUGCUCGUUUAACUCAGACUCUCUGUGCUCUUUGGCCUUGGCUCUUAUUGGACGACCCCACAAUGGAAGCGGUGCUGGAGCUCCUGUGUGUCUACACAGCCAACUGCCACCCAGCAUGCAGUUCCCUCUGUGGCAGCACCCCCAGUGGGGUGCCAGGAUCUAAAGGCUCCUCCAACACCUCUCUGAUGCUCUCCGUCAUGAAGCUGACCUCUCUUGCCCCAGACAACAGCCCCAUCCAGAGUUUGUCGUUCUCUCUGCUGACUAACAUGGCUGCGUCGCGGGACUGUAGGUGCAUCAUGCAAAAGAAUAAUUUCCUUCAAGCCUUCCUGUUGGCGCCGGUCCCUAAGGUGGCUGGUGCUAAGGCCACGUCGGUGGCUGGUGUCGGUGGGAACCCCCUAAGCCUGUGGCUGAGACUCAUGGUCAGCCUGUCCUCCACAGAGGAUGGGCAGCAGAGUAUUCUGAAAGUCUCCGGAGUCCUGGAGCUGCUGGCAGACUUGGCACCGCAUCGACAACACGCGCUGCUCACCCUUCACAACCUCUGCUUCUGCCCUGCCAACAAAUCACAUGUGAUGGCCAACGAUAAAGCUGUGAGAGUUUUGUUGUCGUGUUUGGAAAGUAAAGAGAUGGAAACCUGCUGUAUGGGAGCGUCUGCACUGUGGGCAUUGCUCCAAAACAAUCAGAGGGCGAAGACCGCGCUGAAGUGUCCAUCUGUUCGCUUAAAAAUCGAAGAGGCGCUGACCGUCUCUAAGAAAGAUGCAGAGAAGAACCGGGAACCUUUGAGUUCCUACCUACAGAAGUGCCUGGAUCACCUCUCCCAGCUGCUAAAAAGUUGAUUAUAAUAGAUUAUAUUUGAUUUGUAUAGUUUUGUAUCAUGUUUCGUUUUCUGUCAUAUAUGUCAUUUAGAUAAUAAAGUAAUGUCAGUCUUGGUUCUGCCCUCGCAGCCUUAUUUUUUUCAGAACCAGGAUACAUGUGGCUUUAAACUCAUCCGCCGUGGUUGCAGUGGUGUUGGGCACCUGGUCUACACCAAAAACACGUCUGCUUUUAAAGCCACAACAUGAAAACCUUUUCGGUGGAUGAAACCCCUUCAUUUAGAGGAAACACAAACACUCAUCACACUAAAUGUGAUUCAUUCCAGACCUGCCAAUUCAAUAUUUUUUUUAAAUGUGUAACUUGUAUUUA